CAACGAGCGUCGCGCUGCCGCCCCGCCUGCGCCUGCGCACGGAGUUUCGGGGGGAGGGGAAGGUUCUGGAGGCAGCCGCGGCCUCCGCCAUCUUAGCGCCGCGGAGACCCGGAGUCCCAGGAGCCGGCGCCGCCGCCGCCGCCGCCGCGGGGGAGGGACACGUCUGAGCCGCUCGAGCCCUGAGCCUGCCCUGCCCUUCGGGGGUGGGGCCCCCCCGGCGCGCUCCAUGGAGCCGGGGGUUUCGAAUCCGCUGCAGGAGCCUAGCCCGGCCGACGCCAUGACGCCCGACGACUUUGACAUCGUCAUCGAAGCCAUGUUGGAGGCGCCCUACAAGAAGGAGGAGGCUCAGGCAGGACCCUCAAAGGCACCGGCUGAAGCCCCUGCAGCCCAGGUAACGUACAGGGGUCCUGGGGGGGAAUGGGGAAGGGGGGCGCGUCCCAUACUCACCUCUCCGUGCUCCCCCCCGCAGCCCCCAGAGGAGCAGAGCAAGGAGGUGAAGAAGGAGAGUGCCAGCGGCAGUAGCAGCAGGAAAAAGAGGAGUCGGAGCCGGGAGCACAGACACAGCCGGGAUCAGGAGCGGCGGCGGCGUAGCAGCCGGAGCCGGGAGCGCCGGAGCCGCCACAGGAGCCGGAGUCGGGAGCGCCGGCGGGGAAGCCGUUCCCGGAGCAGGGAGCGGCGGCGUGAGGAGAGAGCACGGUACCGCAGUCCUCCGCCCCCUGGGCGCCGCUUUGGACACAGUAAGAGCCCCCUGUACCGGGAGAAAAGCCCCGUGCGGGAGGCGCUGGGCAGCCUGAGCCCCGAGGAGCGGGACGCUCGCACCGUGUUCUGCAUGCAGCUGGCCGCCCGCAUCCGCCCCCGCGACCUGGAGGACUUCUUCUCCGCCGUCGGCAAGGUGCGGGACGUGCGGAUCAUCUCGGACCGGAACUCGCGGCGCUCCAAGGGCAUCGCCUACGUGGAGUUCUGUGAGAUCCAGUCGGUGCCGCUGGCCAUCGGGCUGACGGGGCAGCGCCUGCUGGGCGUGCCCAUCAUCGUCCAGGCCUCCCAGGCGGAGAAGAACCGGCUGGCGGCCAUGGCCAGCGCCCUGCAGAAGGGCAGCGGGGGCCCCAUGCGGCUCUACGUGGGCUCCCUGCACUGCAACAUCACCAAGGAGAUGCUGCGCGGGAUCUUCGAGCCCUUCGGCAAGAUUGACAGCAUCGUGCUGAUGAGGGACCCGGACACCGGCCAGUCCAAGGGCUACGGGUUCCUGACGUUCGCGGAGGCAGAGUGUGCCCGCCGGGCGCUGGAGCAGCUGAACGGCUUCGAGCUGGCCGGGCGCCCCAUGCGCCUGGGCCACGUCACCGAGCGGCUGGACGGCACCACGGACAUCUCCUUCCCCGAGGGGCCCGAGGAGCCCGAGCCGGGCGCCGGCGGGGGGCUGCAGCUGCUGGCCAAGCUGGCCGAAGGCUCCGGGAUCCAGCUGCCGGCCGCUGCUGCGGCUCAGGCCGCCCUGCAACUGAAUGGCGCCAUCCCGCUGAGCGCCCUGAACCCUGCCGCCCUGACAGCCCUGAGCCCGGCGCUGAACCUGGCCUCGCAGACGCUGGCGUCCCAGUGCCUCCAGCUCUCAGGGCUCUUCUCCUCUCCGGGCAUGUAGUGACCCCGCCUCCCCACGGACCCUGGGGCUGGAGCGGGGGCUGGGCUGGGCUGCCAGGGCCCCCAUGGAGUCGGAGCUCCAGGGGCAGAAAUGGGGCUGGGGGGGCACGAGCAACAACCCCCCCCCACGCAACCUUGCCCUGACCUCACAGAGGCCCAUCUCGGGGAGGGGGGCUCUACGGGGGGCACCUGGCCCUGCCCAGCCCCCCCCCCCCAAAUUGUUGGGUUUUUCUUUUCCUUUUUCUUUUUUUUUUCUUUAUGGAAAC